AAAUAUGCAUUGAUACGAGGGAGGUGGCUUCGUUCGUUCAUUUGAAUCGUGAGAAUUGAAGGGGAAAAAAAUCAUGAAUUGACAUCUUUUGCUCUCUUCCAUUCGAUUACCGGUUGCUGUUGUACAAGCGACUAUCACAGCCAUGUGUCCAACCAGUAGCCAUAGCCAAUCGCAAGAUUUUUUCCUUCUCGAGGAAGAAGAAGAAGGUGACGUUCAAUUCCGACAAAUGGGGUAUAAGAGCGCUGGAAGUUACUGGACCCGUUGCAUAUACGAACUCGAUCGCACAAACAUGAUUCUCAUUGGAUCUACGUUGGGAAUGGGAACCAUCUCCCACAAACCCCACUUCUCGAACAGAUUGCGAAGUGGGUUUUACAGCAGAGCUCAUUCUAAACACCUCUGUGUGAGUGGAGGCAAGGAUCGAAACAAGAAAAAGGUUGUCAUCGUCGGCUCCGGUUGGGCUGGUCUUGCCGCUGCUCAUCACCUCUGUAACCAGGGAUUUGAUACCACUGUUCUUGAACCAGGCAAUGAUUUUGGUGGUGCCGAUAUUCAUGGAAUCCGCGGUUACUGGCGUCCCUACAAGAAUAUAUUUGGCCUCGUUGAUGAGCUUGGUAUCGCUCCUUUCACAAACUGGACAGCACCUGCUCAUUAUUCAGUUGAUGGAUUGGAGGUAAAAUUUCCAGUAUUCCAAGAUCUGCCUCAACUGCCAACUCCUCUCGGAACCUUACUUUAUCCAGAAUUCUCCCAGCUCCCAUUGUUGGAUCGGUUAACAUCACUUCCUUUGAUGGCUGCAGUUAUUGACUUCGACAAUAUGGAUACGGCAUGGAGAAAAUAUGACUCAAUUAGUGCCCGGGAGCUAUUCAAGCAGUUUGGCUGUUCGGGAAAGCUCUAUAGUAGCGUACUUAAUCCAUUGCUUCAAGUAGGACUGUUUGCUCCAGCCGAGCAGUGCAGUGCUGCAGCAACCUUGGGAAUUUUAUACUAUACUAUCCUCGCUCACCAGAAAGAUUUCAAUCUAGUCUGGUGCCGUGGAACUGUUAAAGAAAGGAUUUUCCAACCAUGGAUGGACUUGCUGGAGAAAAGGGGAUGCAGAUUUGUUAGGAGGAGCAGAAUCACAGAUGUGAUAGUAGAUGAUGAUACAAACUCUCUCUCAGACGUGCUUUGUGGCAGAGAAAGAUAUGAGGCCGAUGCGGUUGUAUUUGCUGUUGGAAUUUCUGUACUCCAAGAACUCAUUCAUAAUUCUGCAGCAUUAUACACAAAAGAGGAGUUCGUCAAGGUUUUAAACUUGAGAAGUGUUGAUGUGCUCACUGUUAAGCUUUGGUUUGAUAGAAAAGUUAAUAUUCCAACUGCAAGUAAUUCUUGCUCGGCAUUGGAUAAUUCAUAUGGAUGGUGUUUCGUCGACUUGAGUGCCAUUCAAGACGAACACAAAGAUGAAUCGUUUACAGUCUUACAAGCUGACUUUUAUCACGCCAAUGAGCUGUUGCCGCUAAACGAUGAAGCUAUCAUCGAAAAGGUCAAAUCCUACCUCUCAACAUGCAUUAAGGACUUCGAGAACGCCAUCGUGGUGAAGAAGGAAAUUGGAAAGUUUCCAAAAUCAUUAACUCACUUCUUUCCUGGUUCAUACAAAUACAUGAUGCGCGGCUUUACAUCGUUCCCAAAUGUGUUCAUGGCUGGAGACUGGAUCAUAAACCGUCACGGUUCAUGGUCACAGGAGAAAUCAUUUGUGACUGGUCUUGAAGCUGCAAAUAGAGUGGUGGAUUUUCUCGAAGAAGGAAGCUUUGCGAAAAUUGUACCGGUAGAGGAAGAUGAGCCUCAUGUGGAAGCUCUUCGUAGUCUCAACAGAAGGAUUGAUGAGAUUAGAUCCCAACUCCCAUUCAACGAUUUCUUGCUCUAAUGAACCAAUAGAGAAAACAAUAAAGUUUAGUCUCAAUAAUUUUGUAAUAGUCUGGAGAAUAAUUACACAAAAGGAAACAUUUGAGGAUGUAAUUAUAAGUUUUGUUUUUUUAAGUUCAAUAGUACGUGGGAUUGGAGAGAUUCAAACCACUUAACUUA